AUGGCAUCAGUACCAACCCUCUCGUCUCGUUAUGAGAUUCGGCCGCUCGAGCUAAAACAUUGUAACUGGGCCCAGGCCAUUGUAGCUCUUAGCAACGUCUAUCAGACAAAAGUAUGGACAGCCUCAUGUCCAGAAGAUUUGACACGACGUGCCUACAAAGUCUACAAAAGCAUGGCGUAUCUGAUACAGCAUCAGAUUGAAUCCGGCCACUCAUUGGGAGUGUUUGACAAAGAAUACGAGUUCAAACGACCAGAAUCAGCCACUACUUCAGGAAAACUCUACUGGAACGUUGAUGACGAGACUGCUAGCGUUACCAAGCUGCUUGAUCAGAUGGAUUUCCCUCUUGUGUCAGUCGCUAUGGCAUAUGAUAGCUUCGAUCCGCUGAAUCCCGAAAGACUGAUGGAUAUGAUGGCAGCUCUCCCCGGCUUUGGAUCUGCCAUGGGUGCCUUGCAAGCAGACGAUCAACGGAACAGUUCCUGGAAAGCCACUGGUCCGGGUCAAGUAUUGUUUCGGGCUGCGACGAGCACGCGGCAGGAAUAUGAGGGCAAGGGCAUCAUGAAAUCGUUGGCGCACCACCUAAUGCGCACUGCAGCAGCAAAGCGGUUUCGAGCGAUUCAGAUCGAAUGCGUGUCCGAUGCGGUCACCCACGUCUGGAGCCAUCCUCCAGAGCCAUUCCAUACGGACCUCGUGAGCGAGAUUAACAGCAUGGAUGUGAUGGCUGAGGAUGAGUCUGGCAGCAUGUGUUAUCCGCUUAGGCCAGCAAACCAGAGACUGUGCAAGUUGUAUUGUAGAUUACAGGAUUCUACCGUGUAA